AUGUCUUGGAAGUUAGCCGAGCUGAGAUGGCGUCAAGAUGUUGGCCUCAAUGAGAGCUGCUGGGAGCGAAAUGCCAAAUCAGGACAAGACGACCACUUCGAAGACACAAAGGGUAAAGGAAUCGACCAGUCAAAGCAUGGUCGUUCUUAUACCGGACCGUGGUGCCAUCUCGUGUUGGGGAAAAGUCUGGCGGAGGACUCCAUCAACAACAGAAUUCGGCCGGACCCGGUUCCACCCAUAUUGGCUACCGGUCUCUCAGACUCUUCAACAACUCCUCUUCUUCAAAACACCCGGGACACAGCAGAUGUCUUAACAGGACAUAAUCACCCUCUCUUCACCAUUAAGAGAGACGCCACACGGUCGGAUCUGACGCUCAAUCAUCUUCAGAGUCCGUGUCAACCCACCUCAUUUCAACGCAGCACCAUCUUUUGCCCGCAGCUUUACCUGGCCGAAGAGGCUCGCUUGCCACUAGAUGGUAAUCAGUUGUCGCCAAAGGAUUCAACAACGCCUUCAGGGCCCGGCGACAACGACAGACGCGAUCAGAUUAGAAAACGCGUGACAGGUCUGUUACGGUCAUUGCCAAUUAAUAUCAACGCGGACCUUGAUUCUUCUUAUCGCGUUGACUUCGAGCAUGCUCGUGCCCCAAGUUUCGGACUCCAGUUCUCUGAGCCAGAGCAAAUAGUCGACGAUAGGCUUGAAGAACAGGUCUUGGAUUCUGGACAUUGCAGUGUCUGGAGGCGGAGUCAGUCCCUUUCACUGAGUCUUCGACGCGCCUCGCUAGAAUCAACGCAUCAUUCAGAUUCAGCUCUCCUGCAAAACAUCAGCAUGGAUAUCCCAACAAGUCAUUCAAGCCCCGAGCCACGCACAACGCGUCCACUAUAUCCCGAUUUGCCUUCUGCAUAUGCUCAGAUCCAGGGCCGCAGAGCUGCAAGUCUCCAGCCACUCUCGUCAAACAGAAGUGUAACCCGGUUCCCUCUCAGUCCAUCAAGCUCGUCUUCCGAAGAAGGUGGUUAUCAGGACUUACCCCUUGAUAGCGACAACAUACCACUGAAGAACCUACCGUGCCGAAAAGUCCACUCAGCUCACGGCAUUCUCCAUGAGGCUGAUCAUCAUCAAGAGUCCAGCGCAAUGUUAGAGACAUCCGAGGAAAUAUGCGAUUCCAAUUUGGAUUGGAAAAGAGCCUCAACCACUUUGGAUGACAUCGUCUCGCAAUACGCAGAUGCCAGCGCAGCAGGCUCUUCCACGCACAAUGAUAGGACUGACCAUGAAAAACAUAUCAACCCAGAGCAACUAGAUCCUGUGACCGAAGGCAAAUUGGCGGGCGAUGCUGCUUGCUUUGGAGCACCAAAGACACGAUUGAGGCAUGUCGACUCGGCGCAUCAAAUCCAUGAAUUUUACCAGCAGCGUGCAAAGGACCGAAUCACUCGAAAUCCUGAGAGCUUUGGUGCAACAGAAGAAGAUGACGAGUGGGUUAGGAUGCCAGAAAGCAGUCGUAGUGGUUUCUUGACACCAUCAAAGCUGCGCUUUCGCCUGGCAAAGAGAGAGACUGGCGACACUUCUGGUUCCACUCUGACCGGCAGAAGAAGUCCUGCGUCACCCUGGGAUCCGCUAUCGAACGCAACACAAUCCAAGGUGCGCACUCAUCUUCAGCAUAAAGGUCCUUUCAGCCUGGAUCAACGUCCACUUUCUCCUGACCAGAAACCAAGGACAGAUAGAUCCUCAGGCAACAGACAAUGCUUUCGCAGAAGAUUAAGGCCUCUGACAACGAGUGGGCACAUUGCAAACACUGAUGAGCAAGACUGUCGUCUGGAUUCUGCCGGCGCCCGUAUUAUCAAGGCACAACACCAUUCACAACUCAGACCAUGCUCUCUCAACCAGAUCGCUUCUACUCACAUCAUUUCUCAGUCUCCUUCAACCCACUCUGCUAGCCUGUUGUCAUCUCGCAGAGUCGACAGCACUCUUCCCUCGAGUUCUUUACUUCCAAGAUUCCAAAACAGCGCGCUUGCAUCCAGCUUUCGAUCACCCAAAGCCAUGGCCGCCUCAAACGGAACACCACAAGCAGCAAGAGCGGAUUUUACCCUUACAAUACCCUCUCUCUACGCAGACUCUGCAGAUUCCAGCGCUGAAGCGACACCAAAUUCUCAUCUGGGAGACCCCUUUCCUCGUUCUCGAAUUGCCACUGCUAAUAACAGAGAUCUUGUCGGUCAACAUGUUGAAGCCGCUGGAUCUGCCGUCACUCUCGACACUCUCACUUCACUUUUUACCCAAGAUCUCGGUCUACGUAAUAAUACCGGAAAGACACGCGUUGCGAGCCAAGAUACGGAAGCCUUGGCGGCUCGAAGAUACAACGAAGGCGGUUACAAAUUCAACGAUGCUGACAUCUCACGAUUCCUACGAGAUAGUCGUCAUCUUCGCCAAAGACUUGACGAUAAACACGGACAGGAGAACAGCAUUGUCUUCCUUGGCCAGCAAGGAUUUCUAACCACGGGAAGCAGCCUUGCCGAUGUUUCAUCCAACUCGACCGCCCUGAAUCGCCUCAAGCAGGCUAGACAUUCCUCGUCCGGCAGUAACUACUCUAACAAUUCUGGAAUUACCCGUCACGCGACACGCAAAUUCACACAAUUCCUCGGGGGUACUGGCAUUGGGGACACCGGCGGCGCAGGCUCGGAGUAUUCGAGCCUAGGGGGCGUUCACAGUUCAACCAACAGCUCCUCUCGCUCUCUGAUGCUCGAGGAGCUAGAGGAGAGCUUCAGCGCCUCCAACCCGGCCAUAUCUUGUGAGCGAUGCCCUUCCUUCCCUCUUGCCCCCGAGGUACUGGGGGUCAUUUCCCUCGAAAACUUGGGCCGUGUCCCUUUUGAGCGUGUGCAGCUCUGGGACGACGGCGAAUGGCUUGAGAAGGGCUGGUGCUGCGUGCACCAGCGAAUGGAAUACAGCCAUGCUGUCCUCGUUGGCGACGAGGCAGCCAUCAGCGAGAGCUGCCGGUCUGUCCAGCGUAAAGCUGGCGUGAUCCUCUUGGUCUUGGGGGUCGCGACUUUCUUGCUUGGUGGGUGGACUCUGAUCCACUCGAUGGGGAAGGGAGGACCUCUGGCCGCUUCGGCCAUGGCUGAUCUUACGAGGUGGCUGGCAGGAGAGGAGGGCGCUAUUUGCUGUGUGCAUCCAGUGGAUGCUUUAAUGGCGCGAGCCAUUGAAAGGGCGGCGGUGUCGGCGGUGGUGUUGGUGGUCGUCGGUAUGUUGGCUGUGCUGUCCUGGGCGGCGGCCACUAUUUAG